AUGAGCUCAAAUACUACAACUUUCCCCAGAUUGGUGACGGUCGCCGCUUGCCAGCUGGGACCUGUCCAUCUUGCCGACUCCCGCGAAGAUGUCUUGAUGCGCAUGAUCUCUCUUCUGGACCAAGCUGCAAAGCAAGGCGUCAGAUUGGCUGUAUUUCCAGAGCUUGCCUUCACAACAUUCUUCCCCCGAUACCUGCUACAAGAGAGGGAGCUGGAUCAGUACUUCGAGAUUGAAGACCCCAGUAAAGGCGGGAUUGACCAAUCACCCAAGAUCAAGCCUCUAUUCGACCAUGCACAAAGCCUCGGAAUUGACGUUUACGUCGGCUAUGCAGAGCGAAGUAUUCAAAGCGACGGCUCUCACAUCGACUACAAUUCAAGCGUCUAUUACUCCGCACAAACAAAUGGAAUUGUGGGAAAGUACCGCAAAGUUCACCUCCCCGGUUCCGUUGAGCCAAAAACUGAGCCCGGCGCCUUCCAACAACUAGAAAAACGCUACUUCAAACCUGGUGAUCUCGGAUUUCCCGCAUUCAGAGCUCCAGGCCUUGUUGACGGUGCUUUUAAAAAGGACUUCAACCUCGAAAAUGCCGCGAGUACAGGCAAAGGGGACCCCAUAAUUGGAAUGCUGAUCUGCAACGACCGCCGCUGGCCCGAAGCAUGGCGUGUGUAUGGCCUGCAAGGAAUGGAGAUUCUGUGUUGCGGCUACAACACCACUGCUUUUCAGACUACCAGUAGUGGUCAUGCGACGGGCUCGGAGGAUGGUCAUCCGUUGGUUGGUGGGACUAUUAUUGUACAUCCACUUGGGCAUAUCAUCAAGGAGGCUUUGACAAAAGAAGACGAGUUGGUUGUGGCUACCAUCGAUCUGGCAGAUUGUGAUCGGCCUAAAAGCACGGUCUUCGCCUUCGAGAAGCAUCGGAGGACGGAGCAUUAUCACACUAUUGUUGAGCGUGCGGGAGUUCUUGAACCGGAACUAUUAUAG